AUGGAGGAGACCGAGCAGCGCCCCGGCGAAGAAGCGAGCGCCAGCCGCACAAAAGGCCCGGCCGGCCGGGAAAGUUCGGCGGAGGCCCGGCAGGCUGCGGCGUCGGAGGCAGCGCGCCCCGAGCCCCACUUCUCGGCGCUAUUGUUUGCUCGGGCGCUCCGCCUGCCUGGCGGGCUCCCAGCAAACGUGUCGCUUGUGAUCUUCCCUGGCCGAGCUGGGGUGGUUCUGGGCUCCCUGCCGAUUCGCGCCCGCGUUCACCCUCUCUCGCUCUGUUGUCUCCCUCUUCUUCUCCUCCUCCUCCCCCUCCUCCCGCCCGGGACCGCAGGCCCCCGAUCCCGCAAACCAAAGAAGAAGAACCCCAACAAGGAGGACAAGCGUCCCCGGACGGCCUUCACGGCGGAGCAGCUGCAGAGACUCAAGGCGGAGUUCCAGACGAACAGGUACUUGACGGAGCAGAGGCGGCAGAGCCUGGCUCAGGAGCUCAGCCUCAACGAGUCGCAGAUCAAGAUCUGGUUCCAGAACAAGCGGGCCAAGAUCAAGAAGGCCACCGGCAACAAGAACUCCCUGGCGGUUCACCUCAUGGCACAAGGACUGUACAACCACUCCACGGCCUCGAAAGACGGCAAGUCAGACAGCGAGUAG